AUGACUAUUGGUAUUCGUAUAAAUUCUUGUUACCGGGCGCCCGGUGCUCUAUUAUCCAUCCGUGCGCCCGGUGCUCUAAUAUCGAACCGGCCGACCGGUGUUCUAAUAUCGAACCGGCCGACCGGUGUUCUAAUAUCGAACCGGCCGACCGGUGUUCUAAUAUCGAACCGGCCGACCGGUGCUCUAGACACAGCGUAUUCUAAAGCUUUAAAUGGUGCUUUUUGCAAGUACUGCGUAGUAUUUGCUGGUAAUACAGGUGGUGUUGGAAACCAGCCUUUGGGAAAUCUUGUAAUAUCUCCUUUCCAGCAGUAUAAAAAUGCACAUAGAACUUUAGGUGUUCAUCAAGCUAGAGAAUAUCAUAUUGCUUCAGUUACUGACUCUGAACAUUUUAUUAGAAUAAAAGAAAAUAAUCAGCCGACAAUAGUUGAAAAAAUAGAUUCUAACAGACGUGCUAAAAUCAUCGAAAAUAGAAAAAGAUUGAUUCCGAUCAUAGAAUGUGUUUUGUUGUGUGGACGUGAAGAAAUUCCAUUGAGAGGGCAUAGUGACUAUGGGAGAAUUAUUGUUGAUGAUGACCAUGACGGAUCUAGAGAAGGCAAUUUCCGUGCUAUUCUUAAGUAUCGAGCCAAAGGUGAUCAGUUUUUAAAAAACAUAUUAGAGGGUCCUGUAAACUCUGCUAAAUGUUUUUCCAUCUUGGCUGAUGAGACUACCGACAUAUCAACAAAAGAGCAGCUGUCACUUACUGUACGGUAUAUUGAUGAUGAUGCUAUUCUUCAUGAAGACUUCCUUCAAUUUUAUGUAAUUGAAAGUUUAACUGGGUCCGACCUAGCAUCCUCUAUUUUAAAUGCUUUAAUUAAAGCACUUGAUACAAUUUGUUCAGAAUGGAGUGAUACAACAGAUGCAAGUAUCCUUAAAAAAUGUAUACUUGAUUCUGAGUUCCUAAUUGCCUUAAGUGUCACAAAGUUACUUUUUUCUUUUGGACUUCCACUAUGUAAAUUAUUGCAGAAAGAACGUAUCGAUUUAAAAUGUACUGUUAAUAUGAUUGAAGUUUUAAUAAUAACGCUAAAAAAAAUUAGAGAAGAUGCCAAAAAUGAAUUUCAUAUUUUAUAUGAAAAUGUAGAGAAAAUAGCUAGUGAAUUUGAUUUGGAAUUGACAAAGAAAAGAGUUGUAGGAAAACAAACAAACAGAGAAAAUCCACCCAAUACUAAUUCAGUUGAAGAUUAUUACAGAGUGACGGUGUUUGUGCCAUACUUAGAUAAUUUUAUCAGUCAAUUGUCAACCAGAUUUUUAAAUCAUAAAUCAAUAUUUAAUGGAUUUGAUUGUCUUUUCAAAACAAGCUUGAAUAAAGAAGAGAGGGAAGAAUUCAAAACACUUGUUGAAUUUUAUUCACCCCAUGUUGAAACUUUUGAUAUUUGUAUCAGUGAAUUACAGAUUUGGAAAAAUAAAAUUCAGGAUGCUGUGUUCAAAAAUGCCUUAGAAGCAAUAAAAAUAUGUGAUAAAGAUGUUUUCCCCAAUGUACAUUUUUUGAUAAAAAUAUUUUGCACACUUCCUGUCUCAACAGCUGAACCAGAGAGAAGUUUUUCAAGCAUGAAACGUAUAAAAACGUAUUUGAGAAAUUCUAUGAAAGAGACGAGAUUAAACGGUUUAUCAUUGAUGUCUAUACAUCGAGACAUUGAAAUAAAAGUUGAUGAAGUCAUAGAUGAGCUGGCAUUAGACCCAAGAAAAAUUGACCUUCUUUUAUAA